CUCCACGACAGCAACCUGGCGGGCUCAGUGUUCGGCUUAGUGCAAGCCAUGAAGCUUUCCGCGUAGGUGUGAGGGAGGCGUGGCUGACAUUUGUUGGUGCUGAGCUACUACCACUAUCGUGCCUUCCCCUACAUAUCCAAGGCCCUAUAAUCCGAUCUGUCCUUCACCUGGCAGCCCAUCCUUCGCUUCCUCAACUUCACGCAACACUGCCAGAAAUAUCUGCAUAUUGACAGGAUGCCUUCGCCCAGGAGUGUCGCCGAUCCAGAGGUGAAGUCAGUGCUCGCCAGAGCUCCACCGAAGCACACAUUCCACCCUUCUCCGUUGGCCUGGGACGACCAAGUCCUUUACUUUCUGCUUCCUGACCGCUUCUCUAAUGGUGCAGAGAAAGGUUACAAGGAUACUGCUGGCAACCCCGUUGCCGGUGGUUCGACACCCGAGUACAAUCCAGGGGAUUACGAGAAUGCUAUCGGCACGGAUGCCAACGCCUCCAACUGGAGAAACGCAGGCACAGUCUUCGUUGGUGGCACUCUGAAAGGCCUCAUGACCAAGCUUGGAUAUCUCAGCCGCCUCGGUGUUACUGCUCUAUGGGUAGGUCCCAUCUUCAAGCAAGUGUCGAAACUAGAAACGUACCACGGUUAUGGCGUCCAAAAUUUUCUGGAUAUCGACCCGAGAUUCGGAACUCGUGAAGAGUUGAAAGAGCUGGUGACGGCUGCCCAUAAGCAGGGUAUCUAUGUUGUUCUUGACAUCAUACUCAAUCAUAGUGGCAACGUCUUUGAAUACGUGGCUGACAAUCCGCACUACACCGGAGACACGUUUGACGUCAAAGGAUUCUACGACAAGGACAGGCAUCCCAAUAUUCCGCUGGGCAAAAUCGACGAGGGACGCCACCCAAAUGCCUUUCCUGAUGCUGCCAUUUGGCCCGUCGAGUUGCAAGACAAAGGUUGCUUCACCAGAAAGGGCCAGAUCAAUGGAGACGGCUGGGACCGCUUUCCUGAGUAUCUCGACGGCGACUUCUUCGAUCUCAAAGACGUCGCCUUAGGUGAUUCAAAUCCAGACAACUUCAAUGCAACCCCUGCUUUGAGGGCCUUGUGCCAGUGCUAUAAGUACUGGAUCGCGUAUGCUGAUAUCGAUGGGUAUCGCAUCGACACAGUCAAGCAUAUGGGAGAUGGGCCGACGAGAUAUUUCGCCAGUGUCAUACGCGAGUAUGCACAGUUCCUGGGCAAGGAGAAGUUUCUCCUUAUGGGGGAGAUCACUGGGCCACGUGCAUUCGAAACCGUCGAGGCCACUGGUCUGGAUGCCGCCCUCGGUAUUGGCAAUGUUCAGGAGAAGCUGUGGCGAGUACCCAAGGGUCAAGCCACGCCUAGCGAAUACUUUGACCUUUUCCGGAACGCACUCUAUCUCAAUAAAGGGAGCCAUACAUGGUUCCGAGAUAAGGUCGUGACGAUGAUCGACGACCAUGAUCAAGUCUGGCGUGGCAGUUACAAGGGUCGCUUCUGCUCCGAAGGCGAGGGCUCCAAGCUCGUCACCGCAGCGGUGGCACUCAACUUUUACACCCUUGGCAUUCCGUGCAUUUACUACGGGACUGAGCAGGCUUUCGAUGGUCAAGGCGGCGGCGACGAAUACAUCCGGGAGGCAAUGUUUGGAGGUGAAUUUGGUGCCUUUCGCAGUAGGGACCGGCAUUUCUUCGACGAGGGCAAGCCGGUUUGGAAGGAUAUUGCAAAGCUCGCCCAGAUUCGCAAGCAGGAGAUCACGCUUCGAAGAGGCAGACAGUAUCUUCGCGAGAUAUCGGGAGACGGCGUACAUUUUGGACUUCCAGAUAUAAUUGGCAAGCCACCAAUGCACUCUGUGAUUGCAUGGUCUAGGCUUUUCGCGAGCGAGGAGGUGCUGUGUGUUAUCAACACGGACCCGGAAGCUGAGUUGUCAGCUUGGGUGACUCUUGACAGCGACAUUCGUCCUCAAGGGAGCACAAUGGAUCUGCUUUUUGAGACGGGGACUGGAGGUCAUCCAACACCUCUGAGGGUUCAGGUGGUCAACGGCAGAUCUGUUGUCGAGGUAACAGUGUCUUCUGGUGGCGUAGCGAUCUACAAGUGAUUGGAGAGCUUGUGGCAAGGUGGGCGUUGGGCUGGUCAUGGCAACAGGGCGACAAUAGGCAAUGGGCCGAGUACAAAGUCCCAAAAAUGGUAAUAAG